UCGAGGAUUAGGGUUUAUGCGUUGAGCUCACUAACUCACUUCAAGCUUUGCUUUGAACUCCUCUCACCAAACCAUGACGAAAUCAAAAGAAAAAAAGAAGAAAUCGACGCUAACAGAAGAAGAAGUUUCGAAGAGGGGGAAGAAGUUCCAAGCCCUGGACGUGAAAAUCAAGACAAUUGGCGAAAACCCAGAUCAAAAAGCUCCUCCAGUAGUUGGAUACUUUCCAUCCGGCUAUGACCCAUUGAAAAAUUCCGAUGACUCGGAUUCAAGACCGGGAAGCGUCAAGGUUUACAAGAGCGCGAAUUCUCGAAACCCUAGGAACCCUAGAAUGCAGGUUGUGGUGGGCGUGAAUGGGUCGCAGGUGAACUUUGUUGGGUCAAAUUAUUCCGGCGAGGCAACGACGCCGCAGCUGUGUAAUUAUGCUCUGGGGGUGUUGGACAAGGAGACCAGAGUUUUGACAAUGGUUCCAAUUGCUGCUAAUAGGAUAUUCAGAUUGGACCCGAAAUUUGGAGGGCCUGAGCUGCAUGAAAAUGAAGAGCUGGAUGAAGCGAAGGGAGAAAUCACCAUGGAGGAGAAGGCUGAUAAAUUCAGAAAUUUGACUGUAAUGUAUUCAACAAAGAAGGAUAUACGACGGGAUGUGAAACGUGAAACCCUACGACAAACAGAAGGUCCAGGAACUCAGGAAGAUGUGGACCAGAAAUUGAAAGGAAUUGAGAUAAACACAGAGGCACUUGAAGCUAUCGCUUCUACUACUAAUUCUCGCAAUGUUCCACCAUAUGAUUUGGAUGCCACUUCACCAGAUAAGGCAUAUCCACUCGACAAGAUAAUUCUGAAAGGGGAAUGGGAUUAUCUUCUAGAUGUUUUUGAGCUUGCAGAAGCUGGAUCAGUAGUGAGCCCUGAUGUUUAUCCAAGUUUUGUUUGCAACAGAGUUGAUAAAUUAGAAGAUGUUAAGGAUGAGUCAAAGAAAAGAAGAUUUGCUGGCAUAUUGUCAUAUAUCACUCAUCUCAUCAAGUUCAAGGAUAGGCAUUCUAUGGAUGGUGUAACAUCUGCAAAGCGUCACAAAUUACCUAGUAUCCUGUCUCAGAAGUUCUCCUCUUUGUUUGGUGCUACAAACGAUACAAGAAUUCCAGAUGAUAAAUUGAAACUGCUUAUUAGCUAUAUCCUGGUGCUCUCUUUGUUUGCUGAUGAUUUCCGGUCCGACCCGUCAGAUAUAGCCAAAGAUCUUCGGAUGAACCCUAUAACAUUAAGACCUCACUAUGAGUACUUAGGUUGCAAGUUUGUUCGCGAUAAUCAGGUUUUGCUGGCAACGCUUCCUGUCCCGCUAGAAUUCCAGACAAUCAAAAGGAAGAGGCGAAGGUAGAUGUUUGUCUACACUUUAGCUAUCCUAGUAUUGCUGUUGUAAUUUUACCAUUCUUGAUGAACUUGCUGGUCCAUAUGUUCUUUUUUCUUUUUCAAAAUGAUAGUCGAGAAGUUUUAAUAUUUCCAGAGAGAAUUGCAGAUGACUCUUGAGUUUUAAUAUCAACUAGAUUGUUAUUA